AAAUGUUUCCCAGUGUGCUUAAAGUUUUACCAAAUAAAAAAUAAAACCUAUGACAUUUUAAACAUAAUAAGGCCUAUUUUAAAAAGUCUCACUUAAAAACAUCCUACAAUCAAUCUGCAAGAGACUUGGCGAAAAACCUCUUACUAGCUGAGUUUUUGGCAACCCUUGGAGUAGCGGGAGGCACCGCUCGAUAGACUCUUAUCCCAAGAGCCGAAAGAAAACACCGAGCACGUGUUAUAGAUGAAUUCUGAAUUCUCGUCAUUGAUAAUACUCGAUACAACGUUAUGACUGCUACAGAGUUACUGCUAUUUUCCCCUAUCUUUCCGGUUAAAAACGAUUUUAACGUAUUUUUUUCUUAAUACGUAAAAAGGAUAGAUAAGAGCUAAAGAUUAUUUUUUAUUGAAUAUAAAGAAGAUUAAAAUAAUUAAUGUUCAUUUAGUAUUUUGAAAUUGUAGAAAAAUAUUUUCGGAAUCUUAAUUACCUACAAAUAUGCCUUCAGCGAUCACUCCAGAUGUAAACAAGAAAUCAUAUCCUCUUUAUUAUCUCGUCAUAGAUUUCCAGAAUGCUAAACUUUAUUCAAAUUAUUGCAAAGGUACAGAUAUCAAGCCUUUUAUUCAUUCCCGAAUACAUCGCAGAAGACUUGUGGUUAUUCGAGCUAAAUUGGUGACUAAAAAUUGUUUGCCGAACAAAAUCAAGAAGUCGGACAGUAGUACCGCAUGGCGUCGCAAGAGUCAAUCAAAAUCGAAACAUUCUCACAGAAGCUCGUCAACACCACCAUCUACUCGCCCGACCCUCCUACUUCCACCCAUGACUUGCACCACCGAUAAUUUGAGGGAAGAAGGCAAUGGCACCACUGCACCUGUGGUAACAACUCGCGUUCAACAAAGUGAAGAUAACUCACAAAACUAUAUCUACCACACGAUAGAUAAUGCUUCUCAGUAUACACCCCGGCCAGAACCUUCCGCUCCUAGUCCUGGACAUUUAUUUUACAAUAGUGAAGAUCACAGUGAUAUUACUUUUAUAGUAGGCCCGGAAGAAUGGCGAUUCCCAGCCCAUUCUUUCAUUUUGACAAAAAGCCGCCUUACUCUGUCUGCUUUCCUGAGAACUGCACAACCUCAACUUGCAGACAUAUCCUCUUGCUCAGAUAAUAACACAGACACAAGUCCUGCUCAAAGGUCUCCCAUCAUACUUAAGCUUCCCAAGUUGCAACCUGAAGUCUUUGAACAAAUAUUAAGGUACAUUUAUACUGGUCAAGUAGCAUUAUCAAAUAUGGAUACAACUCUACGCCUCCUAUAUCCAUGCCGAGUGUAUCAUCUUCCAAUAUUGACUUCCCAUUGCCUCCAUUAUGUUUCAAAAAACGUUAACACUACUAAUGUUCUAGUUGUGCUUAGCCAUCUUCUGUAUCCAAAUAUUCAUCAUCCUGCCUUACUCUCAUCUAACCAAUCAGAUGAUGAGACUUCUCAAGAUGACUGUCAUGACAACGACAACGAAAGAAACGAACUCGUUUUCAAGUGUUUGCUUAUUGUAGACAGACACGCAGACGAUAUCCUCCAAAGCGAACUUUUUGAAACUUUAGAACACGAACUCAUGGUUGAAAUUAUAAAAAGAGACUCUUUGGAAGUGAGCUCUGAAGCUGUGGUUUUUGAUUCAGUGAUGAGAUGGGCUUGCAGAGCGUGCAAGAAACAAAGAAAAGAACUCACUGCAGAAAACAAAUGCUCUGUACUUGGAAAAGCCCUCUUUCUAGUCCGCUAUCUUACGAUGACUUCUGAAGAAUUUCUUCGUGGCCCUGUUAGUCAAGGUGUUCUGAGCAAAGAAGACAAAGAAAUUCUGCUAUCUCGUCUAACUAAUGAUGGUACCCCUGUUCCAGACAGUUCACUGCCAGAUCGAUGGAGUGGUUGGAAAAUAUCUGUGAAACGCGAGAAAUGUCACAGUCUACUACCAAUUUCAUCUCCUCGUUCAGAACUAGUUAGCAAUAGCUCAGAACUGGGUGUCUCAUCUUCCAAUUCUAUUCAACCAGUAAAAAGUGAUAGGAAGAAAAAGUCCAUGUCUAAAAAACUUCUGAAUGGAGUUGGAGAUCUCGUGAUUUGUGUGAUACAACUUCUUGACUGAUUGGUAGCAUUGCGCCAGUUCUGUGUUUAAAAUAUUGACAGUAUUUUUCUAAAAAUAAUUAAACUUUAAUGUUUUAUACAUUUCCUUUAAUAUCGUUUUUUACUCGAUGCCAGUUUUUAAUAACAAUUUCUAGAUGCAAAUCCCAAAUGGAUUAGUAUAAAAAUAUUGUAAAACAUGAAAAAUUAAAAUUAUUACUAUUGUUACACUAACUGUAUCCAUUAAGCUAGUCUAGUAAAAUAUGCAUUGCUGUGCAAAAACGUUGUUAGACUUUGUAAUUAAAAAUUGGGAAUACACAUUUUCUUGUAGUUUACAAGUGCAUAAUUCUAUUAGUCAGUUAGUAUUCUCUAAUAGCAAUACAAUUAUACUUGAUGAUGUAUAUAUUUGUCUUCAUAAUAUACGAAAAUCUUGCAAUAUCUAAUUAAAAGAAAACUUAAAAAUAUUAGUCAAAAACUUAAGCAUUUUUAAUAAAUGUCUGCAUGAAACAAUUUUAUAUAAAUAAUACACAUAAGAUCUCUGUUACAGUGUUAUUGCGAUGUAGAACGCAGUAUUAAUUUCAUCUUAUCGUUUUGAAAAGAAAUAAGAUAAUUAUCUUCAUAGUAUGUCACUUUAUGCAUACAUGCCGUUCAUAAUUCUUAUAAAAUUCACAUAUUGUCUUAAAACUUUUAGGCUUUUCACAUUACAAUAUUUUAGAAAAAUUGACUUCAUGUAUAAGAAAGAAAGAAAAAUCAUAUAGCUUAAUAUUUUUGACAGCAAUGCAUAUAUUGAAUUAUUUCAAUUCAAAUAAAUAUUUUUCCUAUGAACUCAUUCGUGAAAAACAUAUCUAAAACCUCAAAACGUUAUACUUAGAGAUAUCAAUAUAUGUCAAGUAAGUCUUUUUUUUUU